AUGUAUCAGCAAUAAAGCUUAAGAAAUUUAUUUCUUCGAACAAAUGGAUUAAUAAGAAUUAGACCAAAAGUGAGAGUAACAGAUAAUUACACCCUAUCUCUUGUGUAUACUCCAGGGGUUGGCCAUAUUUGCAAAGUAAUUUAAAGUGAUCCAGAUCAAUUAUAUGAUUUGACAAUUACCAAUAAUUCUAUUGCCUUAUUAGCAGAUGGAUCAAAAUUUAACCUUGCAAAACCUUAGAAAAUGAUUCCAAACUUAGAAGCUACAAGUGCACUCUAUAAAGCUUUUUAUGAUGUUGAUGCAUACCCAAUUGUCCUAAAUAGAAAUAUAAUGCAAAAUGUCUCUGAUUACUUGCUUGUGAUUGAUAAUUUGUCUCCAACAUACAAAACAAUUGUUUUGAUAGAUAUUGAGAGUAGUCUGGCAUGCUAAAUAUUAUAAGCAGUCGAGAAAACAAAAUUAGACUGCAGUGUUAUAAUCACGAAUUCGGAAAAUCUUAGAGAAUAAUUAUAUGAUGCUGCAUUGAUAAAGGCUACCUUAGAUUGCAGAUCUAUCUUAAAACCUUCUUAAUUAGAAGUGGUGAGAAAAGCAAUAACUUCAAUCGAUUUUAAAGGAUUACCAAACAAUUUAACUAAUAUUUUAAUUUCUGCUUAUGCUUAAGGAUUAUAAGAAAUUCACAAAAACAAAUGGUAUCAUCACACAGUACGAAAUGUUGAACCUGAUUAAUUUGUAAAAAAACUAAAUGAUCUGUACAUUUAUGGAGAUAUAGCAUAGUAUAAUAAAUGGUCGGAUGGGCAUUUGCUUUAAAAAAAUGAUUUUUAUCAAAAUGCUUUGGAAUUGCAUAGAAGAUAUAAUGGAAUGAUUACAAUAGAGUUAAAGUUUAGUCCUAGAUCAUUAGAAGACUUAUUCAAGAUUUACGAGUCAUCUUAUAAAAAGGAUGAACUCGGUUAAUUAAGAUAGAUGCUCAUUGAUGAUCCAAAUAAAUUAAGAGAGAUCACAUUUUAAAAAAACUACGCUGCAAUAAUUACAAAUGGGACAGCUAUUUUAGGAUUAGGAAAUAUAGGGCCAGCUGCAGGAUCACCAGUUAUGGAAGGAAAGUCGGUUUUAUUUAAUGCUUUGGGAGGCAUUGAUCUAAUGCCAAUAUGUUUAAAGGAGAAAGACCCUCAAAAAUUAGUUAAGAUUAUAAGAUGUAUUGCUCCAAUAUUUUCAGCAAUUAACCUAGAAGAUCUUAGAGCACCUGAUUGUUUCCCUAUUGAAGAAGAAGCUGUGCAUAAUCUUCAUAUCCCAUUAAUGCAUGAUGAUCAACAUGGCACUGCUGUUGUCAGUUUAGCAGCUGUUAUUAAUUAUAUAAAAUUGACAAAGAAGAACAUCAAAGACCUGAAGUUGGUAAUCAAUGGUGCAGGUGCAGCUGGAGUUGCUAUUUGCAAAUUGCUACAUGGACAUGGUAUUUAAGACAUCAUUAUUUGUGACACUACUGGUAUCAUAUAUGAAGGAAGGCCUUAGAACAUGAACGAAUUCAAAAAUGAAUUAGCUUCUUUUACAAAUCAAAAUAAAAUUAAAGGAGUUUUGAAAGAUGCAGUGAAGGGAAGAGAUUUAUUUGUAGGAGUGUCAACUGCUGGAUCUCUGACUAAAGAAAUGAUUAAGAGUAUGAAUAAGAAUCCAUUUAUUCUUGCUUUGGCUAAUCCAGAACCUGAAAUUAUGCCUGAUGAUGCCAUUGAAGCUGGGGCCUUUAUCAUAGCAACUGGAAGAUCUGAUUUCAAUAAUCAAGUAAACAAUUCCCUUGCAUUUCCUGGUAUCUUUAGAGGAGCCAUCGAUACGAGAGCAAGAGAAAUCAAUUUAGAAAUGAAAAUUGCUGCUGCUUAUGCCAUUGCUAAUAGUAUUAAAGAUUCAGAUCUUUGUCCUACUAGGAUAUUACCAGGUGCAUUAACUGCAGAUAUUCCAGCCAAUGUUGCCAGAGCAGUUGCGAUUGCUGCUAUGUAGACUGGAGUGGCAAAAAUAAAUAUUGAUCCAGAUAAGGUCUUCGAUUAGGCUAGGAAACUAAUUAUGGAAGGAAAUAUGCCCUCUUUGUGA